CAUGCAUCAUCGGGGACCCAGAAGCCAGUGCUCAGCUGCAUUCAAGGUUGCUAAGGCCAUUGCGCGGCUGUCAAGCCAAGCCUGACGCUGAGCCAAGGCAAACGAGCAGCGGGCGACAUGGCCUCGGACGAACUUAUCGCGUCGACUUCAAAGUCCACCGCAUCCCAAAGCCCGCAGUAUGGUUGUCUCUGCCUUAAUGUUCAACUCGCCACUCAGGGGCUUCCUGUCGGAGAAGCCAGCAUAUCUUCUCAGGGUGGCGUAGCAGGAAUGGCACAGCUGUUCGCAGUCGACUCAGAGAGCUUCCAGGUGUCUUAUCCAUCCCUAGUGUUGCGGGAGUCCAUCAGCAUCAAAGGCCAAACAUGUCCUGCGCUCAAGUGCAAGCAUUGCGAUACCAUCAUAUAUGCUGUGCGCAAAGUUGCAAGCUCAGGGCCGAGUCGACUUCUUGGCUUUCAGGUCGCUUCCAGUUCAAUAUUGCAAGAGAGCAGCUCGUCGAAGGCAGACCCACACCAAGCUCCUGCGAUCAGCCCAUCUGCGGCGCCUUUUCGGAAAUCCAGUGUCGGAUCUGCCAAUUCCUCAUCGAGAGAAAGGGAGGACCAGGAGCGCGAGGCAGCCGCUCUAUCUGCAGCGAUCAUCAAGCCGGCAGACGGGCAUGUAUGGAUCUUACCGGGCUGUCUUGAUGGGCAAGGGAUUUUACAAGCAACGGAAUCCUCCCUAUACUCGCCAAUCUAUGGUAUCUGCUUGGCACCGCAGUCGGAAGAGGCGCUAGCGAGGACAGAGCAAGAUGGCGAGGAGGAGCCAGAGGAGGAGUUACCUCUGGGACGGGGACGCUCGCGAGCGCGACGCUCUUCGAGCUCGAAGAUAAGCCCCGCAACAGUAAAAAUAUUUACAACGCCAAGUUCCGGCCUGCCUCCAGUUCCAUCUUCACUGCUGCACUCUCCACCAGCAUCGCCAAGUCUCAGCACGGCUCCAGGGGUGCCAAGCUCGCUAUCCGCCAGGUACAAAAGCCCAACAAGGGCAUCUGCUGCCUCACCUACCGCCCAGAUCUUUCGUUAUCAGAAUGACUUCAGCUCGCAGCUUGAGAGCCGCGCUCUUAAGCGAUUAAAGCAGGCUCGGGCGGAGGCUGAUCGGGAGAUCCAAGCGUUAAUUGCAAAGCAUGCCGACGUGUUGCAGAGGAUGCAAGCACAGGCCCAGCUACAAGGCAAGGUCUUGAUGGCAGAAGCGGAGGGUAGGGCGGAUGCGGGUACUUCGGCCCCAAGUAGCUUCAAACAAGCACACUGGACUCUCGAAAAGUCUCACGGCCUUGGUCGGCGGCGAAGCAAUGAGAGCAUCACGACUGUGACUGGGAAUCCAGCGACACCUUCCCACUCUGUGCUCCAAGAUCACAGUAUGGUAUCAUCGCGCGGCAACUUCGCGCCCACGCCCCAUGAGAUCGGUGGCACAGCAAUGGGGCGCACCCGAUCCGACGAUCCCGCCGGGCACACUUCAAUUCAGCCAUCUGCGCCGGUGUUCCCACGUCGGAACCCUCCCAUGGCAGCAGGAGCAAGGGCGAUCAACGGGGUCAGCGCUAAUGCCGCCUCUUCCUCUCAUACUAGCAUACAAACCGUUUCUUCUUUAAGCGCCCUCUCUGCCUCCUUCGCGAUGCGCGGCCGAGAUCCGCCAAUGCAACCAACGAUCACAGCUGAGGAUUGGGCAGCAAAGAAGAGAUUGAGGGAGCGAUACCCAGAGGGCGACCAUUCGGCGAUGAACUCGGAAGUCAAUUCUGUCGUCAAUAGCGAGGACAGCAGCGAAGUGGAGGACGAGGGUGGGGAGGAUGAACGCGGCCGAGGUCGUGAUCGGGGUCGCGAUGAGCGGGGGCGAGGGAGGAGCGCCAGACCCCUUGAGUUGCACCAUGUGGCUAGCGAGCAGCAGCACAAAGCGAAAGAGAGCGGACCCACGUUCGCGCCAGGCUCGGCGCACCUUGGGUCGAAAACCACUCCGAGUCAAGCUCAGCUGAGCAUCGCAGAUGUCGAAACGGAAAAGCAGGCGGGCCAAGCGGGCGAGAUUGUGCUCAAACCGCGGGAUCCGCCACCCAGCGGCACCGAACCGCUCAAGCCGGCGACGCGCAGGGCGCGGGACAAUGCUGAGAAGGGUGGCGCUAAAGAUCAGCAGCACAGGAAAAGCGUCGCUUUUGCGGAAACGACCGAGAACGUGCAGGCGCCCACGGUCGAUGAAGAUGAGCAGCAGGAGGAGGGAGAGAUUGUUAAUGAGUUGCUGGUGGACGAAAGUGACAACGCGGUGUUCGAGAUUGACGAAGAAGUGGAGCGCGAAGAGGCCGCAGCUGAGGAAGGCAAGCUCGGGGAAGAUUUGGUGGAUGAAGCUGUUGAAGACUAUCCCUCAUCUUCUGAUGCCGAGCCUUCACUAGCAGCAUCCAUGGAGGGGAAACCUGCCAGCAUCUCCGCCUCACUAGCCAUGGGAGGAUCUCUAUUAGCUCUUGCAGCCGGCGAGACCCACCAGCUUACGCUGGAACAGCAAUGGUCCGAGCCCAACUUCGAUCCGAGCUCUCUCCGCAUCGAAGACUUUCACACGCGACACUCUGCUUCCGAAAGCUCGAAGCGCGUCGCUUUGCAUAACCUGCAGAUCGCUGCGAACGACGGCCCGCGGCGAGAGACGGAAAGAGGCAACAUCACAAGCAAAGGACAUAUUUCAAUUGGGGAUGCAGAAGCUCGAUUGAGCGGUCUGCUUGCUCCGCACGCACCCUCGCAUCGUGACUUUUGGAAGAAGGGCAAGAGUCGUAAAGUUGCUAAAUUUGAACUCAACGACGAAGAGGAAGAAAAGUGGGCAGCUUGGAAAGAUCGUGUGCAAGCAAAGGAGGUAGAGGCGGCUCGGAGAGCGCAAGAGGAGGGGGACGAAGACGUAUCGUACUCAGUGCCAAGUGGUGAUGAGGCUUCGCCUGGCAGUUGUGCGAUCCAGAUGAUGAGCGGCAUUGGCUUCUCGUCAAUUAUCCGCGAUGGUUCUUCUGGCUUUGACAGGGAGCCAAAGACGUCCCUGCCUUGUAACGAACGCAUGAUGGUGCCUUCGUUGCGGAAGGCGAUGCGAAGAGCCCAUAUUGACAAACCAUCCGCCGCAGGCGCGCCUUCGCUGCCGAGCAUCGAGGACGAGAGCCCUCGAUCGCUGCGAGCGGGGCAAGUGGAAGCCAGCAUUGCUCAGCGCAUGGCUGACAAACAGGCUCAAGCCGAGCAUUCGCGCUCUAUGGUCAAAAACGCCACAGAUCAGGUGCUACCCGGCAGCGUAUCUCAAAAAGGCUUUGCAUUCGGUCAGCUGACCGCACAAGGUGCUUGUCUGGCCUCCGGCGUUGACCCAGAGGUGAAAAGUAGCGUGCCGUCUCUCAAGGCACCGGUGGCGAUCCUUGCCGGAAUCCAGGCUGGCGCUGGGAGUGCCUCUUCUUCGCCUCGGCGAUCUCCUCGCCCGGAAUACGUGCCCCCGCCGCCACCAACCUCGUCUUCGACCGUGCUGCAGCCUGAUCCAGCACACAUGCCCAAGGCGCUGAAGCUGUUCGAUGUUGAACCGGACAAAAGCUUCGCCGUCUCGGAGAAAGGGGAGGAGGAAAGCGAAGAUAUCGAGAAGACGCUCAAGUUCAUGCACCGGCUGCAGAUGCUCAAGCUCAACAAACGCACCGGCUGGCUGCACCACCGAGUGAAGAGGCCUGAGUCGAUCGCGGACCACAUGUACCGGAUGGCGCUGCUCGCAAUGCUGUGCCCUGCGGACGACAUUGACAUUGGAAAGUGCGUGAUGCUUGCGCUUGUCCACGACCUUGCCGAAGCAGAGGUGGGCGACCUGACGCCGUUGGAUGACGUGCCGAAGGAGGAGAAGCUGCGGCGGGAGCGCGAGGCAAUCGAUUACUACGUGCAUGAUUUGCUCGAGUCAUCGCCUGCGGCGCUGCGGAUCGAGAAGUUGUGGCAGGAGUAUGAGGACCGGAUUACGAAGGAGAGCAAGCUGGUCAAGGAUCUGGAUCGCUUCGAGCUUUGUUUGCAGGCGCUCGAGUAUGAAAGAGAAUACGACAUCCGAGAUCUGCAGCCGUUCUUUGGCAACUCGAUCAACCUUAUUUCGCACCCGCGCCAGCGCCGAUGGGCAAAGCAGCUUGCGAUCGAGCGGCAGGAGAUGUGGGCCGCCCGGGGCGUGAAUUACAAGCAGGAGUUCGUCAACGGCGACGUGCAUUGAUAGACACGGGUGUCUCGCAAAGGGAGAUGGGGUAGGAGAGGUGGUGGCGCGCUGCAUUGGUGCGCGCGCGCCUGAUUACGUGCAUCUCUUUGAAAGGGUACUUUUCAAAAUGAAAGAAACGCUACAAACCCAAUGCAAUUCGUUUCACAAGCGCGCAUAGCAUCUGCCAGAGGAGAAUAAACAGAUGCGAGGCAUGUCGAUUUUCGUGCAAGUAUUAGUGUACACUGAUCGAAACCGAUCGGAGGAUCGAAGCACUUGCUUCCUCUUCCAGGACGAUAUAACUCUCUGGCUCUACGCGCGGCACCCGUCUACGCGGUUCUAGA